AUGGUGAAUCGUACAUUUCUUAAUGUUGCAAAGUAUCUAGUUGGACUAGAGUCUCGUGCACAAGACAUUUAUGAGCAUUUAAGUAUGGGAAGGAAUGUAAUUAUAUGCAUGGUAGGGAUAUUUGAAACCGGUGGAAUUGGUAAGACUACUAUUGCAAAAGAGAUCUAUAACAAGAUAUCUUAUCAAUUUGAAGGAAGUUGUUUUUUGAAAAACAUUGGAGAAAAUUCAAAAGUAGGAGGUCUGAUCCAACUGCAAAAAACACUUCUUUCUGAGAUUUUGGGAAUAAGUUUGGAUUUUCAUGAUAUUGACAGAGGCAUCAAUGUGAUUAGGCAUAGACUUUGCUCAAAAAGAGUUCUCCUAAUUCUUGAUGAUGUGGAUGAAUUGGUCCAGCUAGAAACAUUAGCUGGAGCUCUUGAUUGGUUUGGUUUAGGAAGUAGAAUCAUCAUAACAACAAGAUAUCAACAUUUACUAAAUAUCUCUAAAGUUGAUUCAAAACACGAGUUGAAGAUUUUGGCUAACGAUGAAGCUCUUAAGCUCUUUAGCUUGCAUGCUUUUGAGAAAGAUGAACCACUUGAUGAAUAUGUGGAACUCUCUAAACAAGUAAUGCAAUACGCUUUAACAGUGGUAGGUUCAACUCUAAAAGAUCAAAGCAUUCAUCAAUGGAAAAGUGUAUUGAAUAAAUAUAAACAUAUACCCGACAUAAAUAUUCAGAGUGUACUUCGAGUAAGUUAUGAUGGGUUGGAAGAUAAUGAGAAGGACAUGUUUCUUGAUAUUGCAUGUUUCUUCAAAGGAGGACCUUUGGCUGAUGUCAUUAAAAUAUUUGACAAUUGUGGUUUCUUUCCUAAUUAUGGUAUCCAGAGACUUAUAGACAAGUGUCUUAUCACUGUUGAUGAGUGUAAUAAAUAUUUUUGGAUGCAUGACUUGCUACAAUAUAUGGGUCGAGAAAUUGUUCGACUACAAUCACCAAAAGAACCCGGUGAACAUAGUAGAUUAUGGUUUCAUGAGGUUGUUCGUCACGUGUUGGAAGAAAAUACGGGUACCAACAAAAUCGAAGACAUUAUAGUAGAAAUGCCCAAAGGCGAGGAAACGAUUAUUUUGAGUCCCGAAGUAGUUGUACAAAUGAAAAGACUCAGAGUGUUUAUCAAUCGUAAUGCAAGAUUUUCAAGUGGACCUAAUUAUCUCUCUAAGGGGUUAUGA